CAUAAUAGUGCGUUGCGAUAGCAAAGUUUACAGCAAGACCUGGCGGCAAGUUGCUGGCCCAAACUUUGGAAAGUAGCUCAUGAUAGUGUUGCAGCAAUGAUACUGAAGGAUUGCGAUACAUAAUAGUUACCAGAAGUUUUUGAUCUGGAGCCUUUCAUGGCCGUUUAGCGAAGACCGACAAAUGUCGCUUUCAACGUUGGAAGCGCAGGGCUGGAGCAUAAAGCCCGAUGCCUACCAGGAGCUCAUCGAGGAGUCGGAGGGCAAUGCCGCCUCUGUGCACGCUAACAUCCUGAACCAGGACCUUAAGCGUAUUGGCAAGCCCUGCCUGCCGGACGACAUCAACCGCGCCGCGAACGCCACCGUUAAGGGCCCUCACGUGUUGCAGGUGAGCAGUGUGGUGGACACGUCACGGCCCACCACAAAGGAGACGGGCGGCGGCGGCGGCGAUGGCCGCAUGCUGUGCCUUCGGCUCACGGACGGCAAGAUCACCUGCAAGGCGGUGGAGCACGUGCGCUGUGACGGCCUCAAUGAGGAGCUCCUGGCGCCCGGGACCAAGGUGCUGCUCAGCAACGCCAGCGUGCGUGCGGGCGUGGUGAUGCUGCAGCCCAAGACCAUCAAAAUCCUGGGCGGGCGAGUGGAGCACCUGGCGGCGGCCUGGGAGACGCAGCGGCGCUACGGAGGGCUGGAGCGACCCAAGCAGGCGGCGGCGGCGGCGGGCGGGGCGGGCGGCUCGGCGGCGGCGGCGGCAGCGGGCGAGGACGACGGUGCGCUUGCGCCGCCCUUCCGCCACUUCGUGCCAGGCCGGGAUGACAAGGCCGCUAAGAUAGCGGGGCGCACGGCCGCCAGCGCGCCGGGGCGGCCACAGCCCUCCGCAAUGGGCCCGGCCGCGGCGGCCAUUGCAGCUGCCACCGCGGGUGGCGGCAAGGCCCCGGCGACUGACGGCGCAGCGGCCGGCGAUAAGGCGCCCGCAGCGCCGCGCGCGCCAGUUGCUGUGGCGCCAGCCGCGCCGGUCUUCGGCGGCGGCGCGGGCAGCGAGGCGGCCAAGCACAAGCUGAUGCAGCAACUGGAGGCGCGGGAGGAGCAGGGCACAGGUCGCUUCGGUCGCUUUCGCCCAGGCGGGCCGCGUGGGCGGCGGGGCCGGCGCGGCGAGGACGACGAGGGUGACGACGGCGCCAUGACCCUGGAGGAGUAUGAGGCGCUGAAGAAGCAGAAGGCCGCGGCGGCGGCGGCAGGCCCCAAGGCGCAGAGCCAGCUGGAGGCCGACGAGGCACUGGCUCGUGAGCUGCAGGCUCAAAUGGAUCUUGAGGACUCGUAUUACGCAGUGCCAGAACCCAGCCCGGGGCCUGGAGCGUACGGUGGUGGCGGCGGCGGGGAACGUGGCGGCGGCCGGGAGCGCGGCGCUUAUGGCGGCGGCCGCAUGACUGGCGGCCGAGGCGGCCGCGGCCGUGGCGGCUUCGGUGAACGGGACGAGUACGACCGAGGGGAGUACGACCGAGGUGGCGACUACGGCGGUGGCCGAGGUGGCGGCAGGGGGCGCGGCGAUUACGGCCGCGGCGGCCGCAGCGGCGGCCGCGGUGACUAUGACCGCGGGGAUGGCGGUUAUGGCGGUGACCGCGGGGCUUACAGUGGCGGUUACGGUGGGGCCGCCAGCGGCCGUGGUGGCGGCGGGCGGGGCCGCGGUGCUGACGAGGCAGGCGAGCGCGGCGGCGGCCGUGGCCGUGGCGGCAGGCCCACGGGCGACGGCUAUGGCGACGAUGGCGCAAGCGGCGGGCGGAACGGAUACGGCGGCGCUAGCGGCCGUGGCGGUGCUAGCGCCGGCGAUUUGGGCUCAGGCUUUGGUCGGGACAGCGACACCGGUCGUUGCCGUCCUGCGUCGGCGGCGCCUUCCUUUGUACCCCCUCCCCCGGCCCCACCAGCUGCAGCUGCGGCCGCGGCCGCUGCGGCGGCGGCGGCGAUGGCCGCAGCCGGAGGUUCAAGCGCAGACGCGGCGGCAGGCCGUGGCGGCAGGCCUGAUCGUGGUGGCAGUGCCCAUGGGAGAGGGCGGCCGCAGUCGGCCCAGCCCCAUGGCUUUCCGGCUGUUGUGACUCCGCCGCCCCCGCCCCCGCAGGCACCUCAGCAGCAGCCUCAGCGGCAACAGGGCCGGCAGCAGCAGCCCCCGGAGCCGUCCGAGGGCCGGGGCGGUGGCCGUGACCGUGGAGGACAGGCCGAGGCCGGUACGAGUGCAGGCGGAAGUGCCGCUGCCAGUGCAGCCGCAGCUGCGGCGGCCGCCAUCGCUCCUGGCAGUGGAGCCCCGAGCGGUCGCGGUCAGGGCCGCGGAGGUCGAGGCGGGGUGCAGGAGGCCGCGGCGCCUGCGCCUGCGCCCGCGGCAGCUCCCCCUCCGCCUCGCCAGCCGGCCGCUGACCCAGCAAUGACAGUGGCAGCGCGCGCCGCAGCCGCUGCCAUUGCCGCUGCCACUGGCGGCGCCCUCGGUAGCCGCGGCUCCGCGCCCCGUGCUCCUCGAGACCAGCUCGCGCCCGCCUCCACGCCGGCUGCCACUGCGGCGGCCACUGCUCUGCCCAGCUGGCACCAUCCACCUCCCGCGGCGGCGGCUCCAGCGCCGCAGCCACCGCUUGCGCUGAGUGGUAAGGACCUUGCGGCUAGCCUGUUCAGCUUCGGAACGCGCAACGCAGUGGGAGCAAAUGACGACUACGAUGAUGGCGUUGACAUGGAGGAUGGGCCUGGCGGCGGGCGUGGCGGGCGCGGUCGGGGCCGCGGAAGGGGCCGCGGAAGGGGCCGGGGCGGGUGAGUGCGCGGCCAAGCGGUGGGGACAUGUGGUAUUGAAGCGUAGUCUGUUGUAGCAGGAUAAGGGGGUUCCAUGCCAAACCUUCCCUGAUGUCGAGUGAGGUGGCUGUCUGCACGCCUUCUACAUUUUGACGACUGCAUGUUCUGGGUACCGGUAUACUCAUCACGACCCUGUGAGUUGCAAUGGGUAGUCGCGGGCGGGGGGGGGGGCGAGGCUAGUGUACGUGGUGUGGUGAGGGAGAGCUGUUGUCAUGUGUUGUCUGCGCACAUGUGCGUACGGGGAAUGCCGGUUGGCCUGGACUGGUAGCCAGCUUGUAUCGUCGCUAACGGCGCGUCACUUACGGCGUGGCUGGCUUGGGUGAAUGACAGCUGAUUGUGCGUUGACAUGCACACGGUUGCUCCGACUCCAAGAAAGUGGACCUUAGUUGUGCUCACAGUGUAGGGCCUGAUUGGUAUGCUGUGCAUCACCUGCGGCGAGGUGGCCGAGCGGUCUAAGGCGCUAGUUUCAGGCACUAGUCGGUUCAUCCGACGGAAGCUACUAGUCC